AUGGGUAUCUUUGGCACUUCGCAAAGUGAAGAACAACAAUUGAGAGAGGCAUCGAACGUUCAAGAGACUAUUCACGACCAAGCAUCUUCAGCCAACCUCUCCGCAUAUGCUACCGCUGAUGAAGACUUGAACGAAACUGAUGAAGAGGACAUUCCAAGUGUGGCUGAACAUGCAAUCGAUGGAAGAGAAACUGGUGCUGAGUCCUCCGAUACAGACACAGGAUCUUACACAAGAGAAAAAUAUGAUGACGAAAAGCCAUCAAAUACUUCAUACCCAGAACCAGAAUACAAUAACCACAAUGAAAAGACUGAGGCAAAGGAAUUGGCAAAUGAUGUGAAUGAAGACGAAUCGUUACAAGGAGCCGCAUCUGAAAAAUUAAACGAAGCAAAUUUUCAAUCGUCAAAUGAACCUAUACGUGUUGAAAAAUUAGAUUGGGAUUCACCAGAUGAUAAAGCUAAUCCUCAGAAUUGGCCUAAAUGGAAGAAGUGGUAUAUUACUUUUACCGUGGCACUUAUUUGUUUAUGUGUUUCAUUAGGUAGUUCAUUAUACGUUGCAGGUGUACCAAGUUUAAUGGUUCAAUUCGGAGCUUCUCAAGAACUUUGCAUUUCGGGUUUGACAUUCUACUUGAUUGGUUUAGCAGUCGGUCCUGCUAUUGCUGCACCAUUGUCCGAAGUAUUUGGCCGCCGUUGGAUUUACUUCUUUUCAUUACCAAUUUCAAUGUUAUUUGCAAUGGGAAUCGGUUUAUCGAAGCAUAUUUAUUCAAUUUUAAUUUUAAGAUUUUUCUGUGGUUUCUUUGCAUCACCAGCCAUGGCAGUCGCCGGAGGUUCCAUUAGUGAUGUUUGGAGUUUCCAAGAUAUGGGAUUCGCUAUGGCUAUGUUCUGUUUAGCACCUUUCUUGGGUCCUGUUUUAGGUCCUAUCAUUGGUGGAUUUGCUGCUGAAAAGAAGGGAUGGAAAUGGACUAUGUGGAUUUACUUAAUGGCUUCAGGAAUUAUUCUUCCUUUCGUCUUGCUCUUACCAGAAACAUAUAAGCCAAUCAUUUUAGCAAAGAGAGCUAAGAAGAGAGGUGUUAAUUUGUAUAAGCCUCCAGUCAAUAAGCAAUUUUUCAAAAACUUAGCGGUUAAUAAUUUAUUGCGUCCGGUGCAAAUGUUAGCUGUCGAACCCAUCGUGUCCAUUUUCACAAUUUAUAUUUCAUUCGUUUUUGCUGUCUUGUUCGGGUUUUUCGAAGCCUAUCCAAUUAUUUUCCAGGGUACUUACGGCAUGACAUUAGGGAUUUCUGGUUUACCAUUCCUUGGUGUAGGUAUUGGUUUAAUUGGUGGAGUGAUUUUUUUCAUUAUAAUAGACAAGACUAUCUACAAUCCUAAGAACCCUGACGGAACCAGAGGCAAGAGAGACGAAAACGGUAAUCCUAUUUUUGGCCUUCCAGAAAAUAAAUUGCUCGCUGGAAAAGUCGGGGCGGUUUGUUUGCCCAUUGCAUUGUUCUGGUUAGCUUGGACCGGUAGAAAAAGCUCAGUUCACUGGAUGGCUCCAAUUGCUGCGGGUGUCCCAUUCGGAUUUGGAUUAAUUUUGGUAUUUUUUGCCGUGAUUUACUACUUUUCGAUGUCAUAUCCACCAGCUUCUCUUGCAUCUGCUUUAGCUGCAAAUAAUUUAGUUCGUUACUUGUUGGCAUCAAUAUUCCCAUUAUUCACGGUUCAGAUGUACGAAAGAUUAAAGAUUGGUUGGGCUACUUCUUUGUUUGCUUUCAUCGCUUUGGCCAUGGUUCCUGUACCAUUCGUAUUCCAAAAAUACGGUGCAAAAUUAAGAGGCAAGUCCAAGUUCGGUUACGCUGCUCUUUUUAAGCGUAUUGCCGAGCAAAAGGCUGCUGCUGCUGCUGCUGCUGCUGCUCAAAGCGGUCAAUCAGAACCUGCUGCUCCAGGAAUGGAUACUUCAAAUAACGUUUGA